AUGGGUCUCCUACACCUUCUCAAGGGACUCUUUCCCCUUUGUAUAGCUUUCGGAAUGCUGCUGGAGACAUGGCGCGUACCUGAAACAGCUAAUUGGAGCCGAUUUUCCCUCGACAUGUAUCCGUUGAUGGUGCUGGCGGCAAAACAGAAUUUAUAUUCUGUUCUUGGUGUGAAGCGCAACGCCAGUGCCGACGAAAUAAAAAAGGCAUACAGGAAGCUAUCAAUGAAAUACCACCCUGAUAAGAAUAAGGAACCCAAUGCUGAAGCAAAGUUCAAGGAAAUUUCUUUUGCGUAUGAAAUACUGAACAACGCGGAGAAACGUCAGGUCUACGACGAAUAUGGUGAAGAGGGACUUGAAAGGCUUCAAUCCGGCGGGCAACAGGCAUCACAUCCAUUUGGAGACAUAUUUUCUGAUUUCUUCGGUGGCGGGUUCGGAGGAAGGACGCGCGAGACUCCCAAAGCACCACCGUCGACCGUGCGACUGAAUGUGUCGCUGGAGCAGCUGUAUAAAGGCGAGACGCUUGAUAUUUCGUUCACUAGGCCAGUUAUGUGCAUGCAUGCCGACGAAUGCUUUACAAAGAAACCGGAUUGCAAAGGGCCAGGCCUUCGAGUGAUUACUCAGCAAAUGGGACCCGGUUUCAUUGUGCAGAAUCAAAUUCAAGAUGACACGUGCGUCGACCAAGGGAAGGCGUGGAGGCCACGCUGCAAGGAGUGCCCGAAUGGCAUUACUGAACCUGAAGUAACGCAACUGUCGGCCACCGUUGAAGCAGGAAUGCGUGAUGGAGAUGAAAUCGUUUUCGACGGCGUGGGGGAGCAAAAACUGGGCCACGAGCCGGGCGAUUUGGUAUUAGUCAUACAGGAGCUCCCUCACAAACGGUAUUCCCGAAUUGGAGACGAUCUAGAAAUGUCAAUAAGAAUAAGCUUAUUGGAAGCUCUGGUUGGCUUUGAGCGAAGUUUUAUUCAUCUUGACAACACUCCUGUUCGCGUAAAGAAAGACGAUGUAACGUUUGACGGGCAAACCAUGACUUUGUAUAACAAGGGAAUGCCCAAGAAAGGUAAUACGUCUCAGUUUGGCAACCUGAGGAUAAAAUUCAUGGUAAGCUACCCUGCUGCCCUAGACGAGAAGCAAAAAGCUGCGGCAAGGCAGGCUCUUGAAGGAACAAGAUAUUCUCAACGCGAGGUAACGGCAUUUUAAGAAACGUCGAGUGGAGGCGCAGCAGUGUCCCCAAGUGGGUAAUCUGCAAGCCUUACGCAACCUCGUCAGAAAUCUUUUCAAGCUCAAUGUUGAGGAUGGUUGUGCUCGUGUCAGGGCAUUUCUCCGUCGUGCAACUGGACGUUAAGGUGAUCACAUGGUCUCUAACAGGGAUAGCAGCGAUAGCCUAAAAGUCUGGUUGAUGAAAGUCUUGCAUGGUGAAGAUAGCAUGUUCGUGCUACCCCGUAGCUCGAGCCGCUUGGAACUAACUGGCCGGAUGCGAGUGAGAUGCCGUUCGCUUGAAGAUACACGUGUCCUCCAGUGGAGCCGUCGCAUGGACCCGCCACCUGCGCGACCAAGCGAUAGGUGCCGUCUUCAGGAAGGACGACGGACCAAAAGUUUGGCGCGCAGUCCUGUAAAGAACUCCUGUUUUGUGGUUGCGGAUCUUCGCCAGUUUUUAUUCCUUACCGCGCCCAGUGGGCAUCGCUGAGAGCCUAUUGGUACAGGAAAGGAGACUCCGCGUGAGCUCAAAUGGCUCAGGUUGUGGCCCGAACAAGACUUUGUGGGUGCUUCUCUCCACCAGCCUGAAAACCGGACGGGGUAAAAGCUUGAAGUCGCACGAAUGGUAGUAUAUCCUCUGGCUUACCAUAAACAAUUCCGUCAUGUGAUUGCUUUAUACUGCCGUCGUCGGCGUUCCAUCCCUAUGACGAAGCUUGUGGGUAUGGAAGCAAGAACUGGUUGGAGAAGCGUACCUCUGGUGCCACGUGUUCACCGAAUGAGAUGAAGUACUUUAUUGGCGCUGCGGAGGGCAUGUGACACGGUGCCCUAGAAAGCUUUACAGACGCGUCUGUGGGUCCGCUUGGGCUUGAAGCGACGCCGUGGUUUCUAGUCCCUUUGAAUGCGCUCUUCGGUCCUCCAAUGGUCACUAGGAUCUCGCAUGCCGUUUCCGUCCCGUCACAGAUACCCGCGUGGACACCUGCGGUGCACAGGGUUGAUCCCGGCGCGUAGACCCCGGUACCAUAUGCACUGCCUUCUAGGGAUUUCACGCAGUGCUGUGGACACACUGCAACAAUUUGGUCGCCUUCUUCAAGAGGCAGAAUUUCUGGGAUAGACUCCACUGUUGCGUCGCAUGUCUGUGCCAGUGGGUGAUUGUAUGUUUCCGAGUUCUUUUUGUUCUGUUAUUUAUACCUCAACCAUGAUUCGAGGAAUUGCCGCCUGUGCAUCAUCUGCCUCUUCCGUGGUAGUACAAGAAGAGCCCAAGAACUCGAAGGAGCCACCGCUGUCUUCUCCGUUCACAAACAUCUCGGUGAUCUCAGCUCUAACCUAAGAAUUUCUUGGUGUGCAGAGCAACUGCAUGAGUCACAAGCAUCUCUCACGUAAUCGGUAAUGACGGGUCGCGCUAGCUUGUAUGUGUUCCGUUCGAUGUCGGAUGUGUGGCGAAUGGGGAAGACUUCAGAGUCUUCAUCACCUUCCUCUGGGCAGCGUUGGUGUUGUCAAUUGCUUGUAUACGGUGAUCAGUGCCACAACUCACCAGAGUACGAAAGAGUGAUCUCCGACGGCCAGUUCACGGCCUCGUCACGGGGCUUGAAACGGAAGUGUGUGCUGCAAAUGACAUCAAGCGCGCUGCCACCGAGAAACCAUGACGUCGAGGAGCCUACAUCUGGACUUGCUUCCUGAAUUUGAUUGCCAUCCA